AGAGAUUGUUGACCUUUCGUUAAUCGGAAGCGCUAGCCAGCGAACAACCGUUGUGCGGAGGAGCUCCAUUCCGUGCUGCGCCAAAACCAGCGCCCCGUGUUGUGCGAAGCAGACGGCUUUUCUCAUUGAGCGCUCGUCUCUACCGCUGCCGAUUUUGUGUUCCCAAGCGAAGGCGCGUGCGUGUGUGAGCGAUCCCGGCGGCUGCAGCUCUCCGAACUUUGAACGCGCCGUCCCUUUGCUGCCGGAAUGGAGAGCCUGUAUGCGGAGGAGGCUGCACUGCACAACUUGCUGUCCACAGAAGACGCAGCAGUGAAUACAGCAACUGUGAGGAUGGCUGAAGGCUGGACGACCAAUUUGGCGAGUGGCUUUCCUUCCCAAGUUGCGACAGCCAAUGACCGCUCUCGGCAGCUCCAUCUGAGAGUGCAAGCGGACACCCUGCACGGCGAGGCAGUGUUCGUAUGCGGCAGCACCCCACAGCUGGGAGAGUGGCAGGUGUCACGCGCGCUCGAGAUGCAUCUGGAGGAUCCUGCAAUGAAAGUGUGGGGCGUGAAGGUAUCAGCACCGCUGCACAAGACGCUGGAGUUUCGUUACCUGAUAGGCAUCUUGCUGGAGAAUGGCAGUGUCAUUGUGCGCAGGUGGGAGACGGUCAGGCAUCCACGUUCAAUCAGCGCCAAUGAACUGACUAUGGACCGCAAUGCUGCCGUCGACAUGUUUGGCAACUAUGAUGGCGAGGACAAAGUUGAGCCCGGCUGGCUGACUUCAGAGUCCAUAGUGCACCUUAAGAUGUUUGACAACCCCAUUGUGCUAUGGAAGCGCAAGUACAAGUCUGUGCCCAUCUCCUACCACAUCACCCCGAUUGACAUCUCUGUUCGGAACAGUGAUACAGGACCACUGUGUGAAGAGAGUGACCAGCAUAGCAACAUCUCGGACUUUGAGUGCGUCAAGUGGCCAGUCAUUGAAAUAGCCGUUAUGAAAGAAGGUGAAUAUGAGUUCAAGAAGCAGAAUCAGUUCGGCAACAUCUAUGUGCCUGAAGACUUUGUCAUCUUCCAGGCACAGGUUAUGGAUUCAUCCAACAUUGCAUACAUGGUGGACUUCUACAUGCAUCGGAGUACCUCAGAGGCCAGCAUUCCUGAGCACAUCGGUUUCAGCUACAUCCUACCAGGGAACAUGAAGGAGACCUUCGGGACGUGCACUGUGCCCAUUACUGGCACCCGACACCAGCCGGUUGGCCAGCUCAAUGUGUCCUACCUGGUCAUCAAGCCCCUGACCAGUUAUUCGUGCAACUGCCGAGAGACUUACUCCAAGUUCUGGAAGAAGACAAAUCGGGGACUGGAUGUGGGGCACAGAGGUUCUGGCAAUGCACGCCGUACAGACAAGGUUGAAAAUGUCCUGGAGAACACUGUUGCUUCUUUCAACUACGCGGCAAAGCAUGGUGCAGACAUGGUGGAACUGGAUGUGCAGCUUUCGAAGGACAAGGUUCCGGUCAUCUACCAUGACUACCACAUAUGCAUCUGCAUGAAGAAGCGUAAGUCUCCGCUGCAAGAGGAGGAGAAGCUGCAACUAGCAGUGAAGGACCUGACAGUAGCACAACUGCAGCGGCUCAAACUGGCGCCUGCAGUGCACGAGAGCCACCACUACGACUUCCGCGAGGAUGACCUUGAGGACAACCAGCCGUUCCCGACGCUGCAGCACGUGCUUGAGGCAGUUGACCCCUCAGUCGGCUUCAAUGUUGAGAUAAAGUGCCCCAUGCAGUUUCGUGAUGGCACAUGGGAAAUGGACCUAAACUUUGACAUCAACCAGUACGUGGACAUCAUACUGUGCACUUUGCUCGACUUCAGUGCAAAGCGCUACAUUAUUCUCUCCUGCUUCCACCCAGACAUCUGCACCAUGAUCCGGCUUAAGCAGAACAAGUACCCACUUCUAUUCCUGACCCAGGGCCAGACAGACAAGUACCCACCCUACUUGGACACGCGCACUUCUACGAUCCAAAUGGGCACCUACUUUGCCCUCUGCACCCACAUUUUGGGAAUCAAUGUGCACACGGAAGAGCUGCUGCGUGAGCCGAGUCUCAUCACUUUCGUGAAGGAGCACAAGCUGAUCCUUUUCUGCUGGGGCGAUGACAACAACCACAGCGAGACCAUCUCUAGUCUCAAGCGCAAAGGUGUUGACGGUGUCAUCUAUGACAAGCUGGACCUGUUCAUAGCACGUGGUCCAGAGAACGAGAGUGUUUUCCACGUGGACGCUGGUUCGACGGUAAGUCUGCUCGAGGCGGCCAGCAGCAGCUGCUCCAGGGAGACCCUGCCCGAGAACAGUGUGUCUUCAGCCACCCCUUCCUGCAGCGUGGGCGGCUCCUAGGCCUUUUCCUGUCUUCCUUGGUGCAAUGCUGCAGAUCGGGGCUGACGAAAGGAAGAAGCGGCUAUGCAUGCAUUUUGUGCCUCUGCAGAGCUCUGCUUCCCGUCUUCCUUGCGCUGUGUGACAGUUAUGCUCAACGGGCCCCUCUCAUAAUUCCAGCUGUCAUUGGCGCUGACAGAAUCGCUUGCCUUCCUCUCGCUUUCUGAAUGUCCGGCGCUGCUUCGAAAACUGCUACAUGGCACCCGAGUGCAGACAAGCCAUGGGUUUGUUUACUUUUAUUAGUCUUCAUCGUUAACCUGUACUGCUCGUGGAUAGUGGCCUGUGCCAGCCAAUGGUGACAGUGUGAGUCUCUGAGAUAGCUUCCUGAUAAUGGUACAGGCCAAUUGAUAUUGCCCAAUUGCACGUAGCACUGCUUUUUGCCAGCACUGUUGGCUUAUAUUCCUGUUGAACGACGUUUCUCUGGGCUAUCGCUGUUGCCACUUAUUAGCUAAUGACAUAGUCUGCCAUUGGUGAGGCAAGAAAAUGACACUGAGUUGGUAACAUUGCAGGUCACUGUCAUCGUUAGGAAGCAAUACUGUCAGUGAGAGUGCUGCACAGUCAGCUGGGUCGUGAGCCAUAAGAAUAACAGGCUUCCUGAUUUAGGAUGCAGACAGUCUUGCACCUGGACAUCACUGAAUUGUCAAUUGCAUGAACAGUGCGAAGCAGUCAAGGGAAAGCACAGCAGCGCACCCUACAUAACACAAGUAAAUAAGCCCUUUGGUACAAAUGCCAUUGGCAUGGCUUCCCCAAAAUAGUUGUUGCCACAUGUUUCGAAGAAGUGUAUACGUAUAAACAGCACUUAAAUAGAAAUGUAUGCAAGACCUCUAUUGUAUAAACUUUUAGGUAAAAAAAUUAUUUUUGCCUUCCUCGUCUUCCCCCCCCCCCCCUUUUUAUUUCACUGGCUGUAUUGAUGCCACAUUGUGACACUUUGUUAUCUGUCGAUUUUGUGGUUGUCUAGCAAUUUUUGCAAUGAAACAUAUUGUAUUGCUACAUUGACACAUGCUCGGUUAAAACCUGACACCAUUCAGUGCCUGUUUUGCCGUAGACUAUGAAUAAUUGCGGAGUUCUUGCAGGUAUUUGUGAAAUAAUGCAGUUCUUCUUGGCUCUUGACCUCUGCACCUUUUGCUGAUGGAGUUGUAUAUGCGUCUGUAUGCACUCUUGAAUUAAGUAUAUAUAUGCACAUUGUUGUGAAGACUGAGACAUAGGUGGGUGAGGCAGAGAGGAAGACUUCUAUGCUCCUGGAUAGGAAAGGAGACUACAGGCAUUCACAAGAAAUUGUUUGGCUGUCUUAUCUCCUUCCUGUUCCUAAUUAGUAGUGGCCUGCACAGCACCAUUAAUGGGCAUUUGUGCCAUCUUGAAGUGCCUGCGUGUGUUGAGUGUUUAUUAGGGCUCAGACUUCUGUUCGAGUUGGCACACGUGCAUCUGAUGGAGCAUUACUUGUUCUUUGUUUUUAUUUUUUGAAUAAGUUUUUUUUGUGCAACAAACGUCCAUUUGCAAAAGCAAGAUCCUUUCACCACCUUUUUUUUAAACUGCAAUAGGGGUUAUGUGAAAUUCUGCAAGUGCACUUCUCCACAGAUUUAGUUUGACCCACACAUGAUGGUGGACAUUGCCUUCGGAGUGUAAAUAAGGCAAGAGUGCACAAGCUGGUGCUGCUAUUCUUGCCACUAUCUCUCCCUUACUGCAUCUUUGCUCUUUCCAAGCCUACCUUCAGCUCAUCGGUGUCGCAAGUGGGACGUCGGCCAUCUUGUGUAGGGUCACUUAUUGUGAGAAGUCUAAUUCCAGUAUUUCGAGCAUCCUCAAUUUCCCAUCGCCUGAUGGUGUUAGUUGCUGUUCCUUGUGCUAUGCCUAAGCAUCAAGCUGAAGCAACAGCUUUUGCUAGUUGAGGCAAAAACUGACCAGAAGCAGGGGGGGGGUUCGUUAGGUACUUAUGCACAUUGGUAGAGAGUGCAAACUAAAAGCAUGAGGACACUUCAGCUUGCUCUUAGUGCAUAUUUCUUUGUUAAUGCCAUAUUUGUACUAUAACAGAUGGAGGUGGAUGUUGCAACCCUGAGUUAUACUUAACACAAACAUGAUGUGCUUAAAGCAGCUUGGUGCCAUAACUUGUCGUGGGCACAUGAUGAUUGCUAGCCAGGAGGAAUAUUUCCAUGUACAAGGCACUUGAUGGCUAAUAUGAUUGGCUUGAACUUGAUGGUACUAGUUCUGCUUUUGGCCUUCAUGCUUUAUUAGUUCGGCAAGGGUUAUUAUUGGUUGUUUGGUAGCACAGCAGGUGGAUUUAAAGUGUUACAUUAGUAAGCUUAAGCUGUCUGUUUUAGGUUAUCUUAUGGUAGUUAGUAGUUAAUUUUUUGCUGUAGAAUUUGUGAGGAGGCUGUUGUCACUUUGUCAUUGUUAUGCCAUAAUCAUGCCAUAAUCUGAGAUAAAAUUUUUCUUGAAUUUCCGGUGCAGCACAAGGUAUGGUUCUGCAUUAACGGUUUAAACAUGAAUCAAAGAAUACGUCAUGAAAUGUCUUACUGAUAGUGAGUCUCAUUUAUUAUAAUACAAUAACUCUACUUCAAGCUGCAAAGAAUUUGCAAUCUUAAAUAAAUGGGGCUUGUAUGCCCACAGGUAAAUAACUGUUCCAAAAUUUUGCAUAACGUGGUGUCUGUAAAAGGAAAAGGUGGUUUCAUAAUGUCGUCAGCUAAACAUAAUUUGUUUACUUUCCACAUGUGGCAUUACAAGACCCACGCGAGCUCCAAGGCCUUGUAAGGCAUUGUGUAGAAGUUCAGGUUUGUCAAUAGGGAUAUGCUGGUUCUUUUAUACCCUUGCAGGCUGUACUGUGCCACAAGCUCUAGCGUUUCGGCCAAGGGCUUGACUGUGUUGAAUCAUCUUUUGUGCAUGUGUGUUUCGAUGGGUCAAUGUAAAUAGGAAUGACACCUUUGUUUCUCGUUUCAUGUGCAUUUCUUAGUGGUUGAGUGUCUAUAUGCUUAGUUUAAAGGUUGCAAGGGGGCAGAAUUGGAGGGGAGGUGUGUGAGGGGUAAUAUGUUGCAACGCAGUUAGCAUUCCACUUUGUUUGACUCAAACUGUCGUGCUAGCUUGAGCACUUGGAAACACUUGUUCAAAAUCGUCCAUUCGCAUGUGCCUUGUGCACCAUAAGCUUGCCUUUGCCUGGCAUGUAGAGCAAAGGUUUGGCGAAACUACAGCUUUUUAUGCAAUGCCUCUGUACAGAGCUCAGCACUAAAGCUCACAUGGGAAAGUGCUGUUGCCAUUUUUAGCUAUAGAGAUUGUACGUAUUGUAUGCUUGACUUACUUUCUUGCAUGUCAAUGGAAAAUAGAACAUUUGUAUGCUUUGAUAUUUUCCUCUGCUUCUACUCUUAUAUAUACAAUAAGAACCUGUGCACAUAAGUCAUCUUUUUACUUUGAGUGAAAUAGUUAUUUAGCACUUGCUCGUUGAAUGUUGCUGUAAAAAAAAAUAGUGCCCUGAAUUUUUUAAAGGUGGCUUGAGCAAAUUUUUAUUUCUUAGUGUUAUUUAUUGACAUGCUUGUUGUGAUCGACGUCCAGCAUUCUAGCUGGACUGCACUGUACGUUGAAGGCAGUUUUGCCAUUGUACUUAAACUAACACCGUUUCCUCUGCAGAGGGUGUGUAUUGCUUUGGAGAUGCUUUUUGGUCAUCUUGUGUCCAUGUUCAGAAGCGCUGCUGCUUUGGACACGUCCAAGCAAAAGGUGGAAUAAACUGCCUUUUGGAGACAGCGA